CCAGACACCACCUGGGCCUCUGUUGGCAGAGGGCUGGGGACAGGAGCCGGUGAGUGGUGAUAGAGAUGGGGCACCUGUGGCAGUGCUGAGAGGGCGACAGAGCCCCGUUGACCCCCCUGCUUGUCUGUGCGUCUCCCCCAGUGUGACCCUGGGAACACGGGCUACAUCAGCACAGGCAAGUUCCGCAGCCUCCUGGAGAGCCACAGCUCCAAGCUGGACCCGCACAAAAGGGAGGUGCUCCUGGCUCUGGCCGACAGCCACGCGGAUGGGCAGAUCUGCUACCAGGAUUUUGUUAACCUGAUGAGCAACAAGCGGUCCAACAGCUUCCGCCAGGCCAUCCUGCAGGGGAACCGCAGGCUCUGCAGCAAGGCCCUGCUGGAGGAGAAAGGGCUGAACCUGUCCCAGCGGCUGAUCCGCCACGUGGCCUACGAGACCCUGCCCCGCGAGAUUGACCGGAAGUGGUACUACGACAGCUACACCUGCUGCCCCCCGCCCUGGUUCAUGAUCACGGUCACGCUGCUGGAGGUUGCCUUUUUCCUCUACAAUGGAGUGUCACUGGAUCAGUUUGUGCUGCAGGUGACGCAUCCUCGGUACCUGCAGAACUCCCUGGUUUACCACCCCCAGCUGCGAGCGCAGGCUUGGCGCUACUUGACGUACAUCUUCAUGCAUGCGGGGAUAGAACACCUGGGACUCAACGUGGUGCUGCAGCUCCUGGUGGGGGUGCCCUUGGAGAUGGUGCAUGGAGCAACCCGCAUUGGGCUUGUCUACGUGGCCGGUGUUGUGGCAGGAUCCUUGGCGGUGUCUGUGGCUGACAUGACUGCGCCGGUCGUGGGCUCCUCUGGAGGGGUGUAUGCACUCGUCUCUGCCCACCUGGCCAACAUCGUGAUGAACUGGUCAGGCAUGAAGUGCCAAUUCAAGCUGCUGCGGAUGGCUGUGGCCUUGAUCUGUAUGAGCAUGGAGUUCGGGCGGGCUGUGUGGCUCCGGUUCCACCCGUCGGCCUACCCCCCGUGUCCUCACCCCAGCUUCGUGGCACACUUGGGUGGUGUGGCCGUGGGCAUCACCCUGGGCGUGGUGGUCCUGAGGAACUAUGAGCAGAGGCUGCAGGACCAGUCGCUGUGGUGGAUUUUCGUGGCCAUGUAUACCAUCUUCGUGCUUUUCGCCGUCUUCUGGAAUAUCUUUGCGUACCCCCUGCUGGACUUGAAGCUGCCACCGCCCCCCUGACGGGCCGGGGACUGAGGUCAGGGAGGGGAGGGAGGCGCAGCGUCAGCAGGGAGCAUUUAUAUUAUUUUUUCCCAUCACCAGCUCAGUGAGGCCAGGGACAAGAGGCGCUGGGCAAGCAGUGGGGCGUCUUUUCUUGAAAGGCACCUGCUGGAGGAGUUAGAUGUGGCUACUGUUGUUUUUCUAGACUCUUCUGAAGACAUCGGGCCAGCAAAGGCUUGGAGUGGGGGUGAGAGAAGCCAUCCCUUUGGGCUGGGCUUGUUCCAUGUGUUCAGGGGUCCCCUCCCUCGUCACAGAGGCCAUAAGAGUGUAAGGAAGGCCUGAGGGGGUGGUGGCCAGGCAGGCCCUUGUCCAGCCCGGAGAUAAUUUCGGGCCAGGAAACAUUCCCUCUGCAGCUGUUGGGUCUGGAGCUCUGGUAGUGGGAGAGGGCCUGGUGGUGGACAUGUGGACGUGGCCUGGGGGAGCCCGAAGUGCCUGACUGUGCCCGUCGGUGGGCACUGGGGUGCGGUCUCUAGUGCUUGCGGUGGGCAGAGGAGGGAGACUCUGUAACUCCAGGCUCUACCCUUGCCCUGGGGGUACCCAGCAAGAGGAACCCCGGUAAGAGGGGAUUCAUCCUAAGGUCCACCUUGGGAAGGCCCUGCUUUGGACUUCUCCCUCCCUCUCCCCCAGGAUGCUGACAUCUCACGCGGGUACCCCAGCAUCCCGCGCCCUGCCUUGAUUUUAGAGUCCUGCCCUGCCCUGCCCUGCCCUGCCCUGCCCCGACCCUACAUUGUGCCUCUCCUUUGUUAGUGGACGCAGUGUUCUGAUGUGUGUGCACAUGGUUUGGUGGGUGGAGAUGCCUGUGUGAUGAGAAAAACAAUGUGAGGCAAGUCGGAGACGGCAGAGGAGGGCUGUGAGGGGCCGUGGGU